UUUUCUUUUUCUUUUUUUAUUUGAGUAAAGGUUAUAGUUUUUUUCAAUUUUUUGAGCUUGAUCGCAAGCUGUUUGAGAAAAUGUCUGAAAGGAUCUGGUAUUUUGGGGGGAGAGAGAGGGGCAUGGGAAAGAGAUAGAAGAGAGUUGCUGGGGUCUCCAGGAACCCCGACAGCCAGCAAGUCCGCUGCAAGGAAUGCCAGGUUCUUUUUUCUAUGGUAACUGUACCAGUAUGGAGGCGGAAUUUAGAGCCCUUUUGAUUGGUUUGGAGCUUGUUAAAUUGCAUGGUUUUAUUGGUAAUCAGAUUGAGAUAGAAUCUGAUUCUUUGGUCUUGGUUUCUACGGUGAAGGGAGGUGCUAAUUGUGCUUGGCCUUAUUGUGGUUUCCUUUCAAAAAUAAAGGGGCUGCUUGGUCAGGCGAAUUUUCAGCUGAGACAUGUUUACAGGAAAGCUAAUGGAGUAGCAGACAGUUUGGCAAAUUGUGCUGUGUUGGAUGGUGCUUCGUCGGAUUUUUCUGUAGGAAGGCAGCUUCCAUUGGCAAUAAAGAUGGCUCUGCUACAGGAUCAGAAAGGUUUACCUGUGCUUCGGGUUACGAAACUGUUUGAUGAUAAGGGCUAUGUGUGAGGCUGUGCAUCGUGUAGGGUGGUUUCUGGAUGUGUUUAGAAGGUCUGCUGUGCAUUUCAAAUUAAAGACAUGUUUUUGUCUUGUUUGUUAUUUUGUCUCUUCUUGAGUACAUGUUUUGUUGUGGAGCUUGUAAAAAGCAGGCAUGUCUGCUCUUAAUUCUUUGUAAUUUUUUGAGAAUGGAAUCAAAUCUGGUUUUUUAAAAAAAUAUAUAUAUAUAAUUUNU